AGGGACACGGAGAAGAUGUACGCCAUGAAGUACAUGAACAAGCAGCAGUGCGUCGAGAGAGAUGAGGUCCGAAACGUCUUUAGAGAGCUUGAGAUCCUACAGGAAAUUGAACAUGUUUUUUUAGUAAAUCUCUGGUACUCGUUUCAGGAUGAGGAGGACAUGUUCAUGGUGGUGGACCUCCUGCUGGGAGGAGACCUGCGCUACCACCUGCAGCAGAGCGUUCAGUUCAGUGAGGACGCCGUCAAACUCUACCUCUGUGAGAUGACACUGGCGCUGGACUACCUGCAGAGCCAGCACAUCAUCCAUAGAGAUGUCAAGCCAGACAAUAUCCUGCUGGAUGAGCAAGGUCAUGUUCACUUGACGGACUUCAACAUUGCAACGAUAAUAAAGAAUGAAGAGAGAGCCACGGCCUUAGCUGGGACCAAGCCCUACAUGGCCCCAGAGAUCUUCCAGUCCUUUAUAAGUGGAGGGUCGGGCUACGCCAUUGAAGUCGACUGGUGGUCACUGGGGGUGACAAUCUUCGAAUUGUUGCGUGGAUGGAGGCCCUAUGAAAUACAUGCCAGUAACUCAGUGGAGUCGCUGAUUCAGCUCUUCAGCACAGUCAGCGUGCAGUACAACCCGGCCUGGCCCAAGGACCUGGUCUCCCUCCUGAGGAAGCUACUGACAGUGAACCCAGAGCACCGUUACUCCCGUGUGACCGACAUGCAGACAUCUCCCUACCUCGCCGACGUUAACUGGGACGCCGUGUAUGAGAAGAAGAUGGAGGCCGGAUUUGUCCCUAAUAAAGGUCGCCUCCACUGCGACCCGACCUUUGAACUGGAGGAGAUGAUCCUGGAGUCGCGUCCCCUUCACAAGAAGAAGAAGAGGCUGGCCAAGAACCGGUCUCGAGACAACAGCAAGGAUUCACAGUCUGAGAAUGACUACUUACAGGAGUGCCUUGAAGUGGUGCAGCAAGAGUUCAUGAUCUUCAACCGGGAGAGGUUGGACAGGCGUCCGGACGAGGGCCAGUCAGAGGCCGGGGCCGAAGAUGCCAGUGGAGAUGGGGAGAGGGAGGCCGAAGCCGGGGCCACCAGCGAUGACGCACCUGAGCCAGAACCCGAUCCCGGUCCUGAGCCGGAGCCCGAGUCCUCCUCCAAGCGGAGCAUGUGCGGCUCGGUGUGCUCCUCCCCCGGCAGCUGCUAG